UCUCAACAGAAAAUUUUCAAAGCUGGAGAUACUAACCAGGAUGGACAGCUAGAUUUUGAAGAAUUUAUGCAGUAUCUUAAAGAUCAUGAGAAAAAGAUGAAACUGGCAUUCAAGAGUCUGGACAAAAACAAUGAUGGAAAAAUUGAAGCAUCAGAAGUUGUCCAGUCCCUCAAGAUACUGGGUAUAAGCAUUUCAGAAAAACAGGCAGAAAAGAUCCUGCAAAGUAUUGAUGCUGAUGGGACAAUGACAGUAGACUGGAAUGAGUGGAGAGAUCAUUUUAUGUUUAACCCAGCUGCGGACAUUGAGGAAAUAAUUCGAUAUUGGAAACAUUCCACUGUGCUGGAUAUAGGAGACAGUUUGACUGUUCCAGAUGAGUUCACAGAGGAAGAGAAGAAGACUGGACAAUGGUGGAAACAGCUGCUGGCAGGAGGAGUGGCUGGUGCUGUGUCUCGAACAGGUACAGCACCAUUAGAUCGCCUUAAAGUGAUGAUGCAGGUUCAUGGUUCGAAAUCAAACAAAAUGAAUAUAGCCAGUGGUUUUAAGCAAAUGUUGAAAGAAGGUGGUGUCCGAUCCCUCUGGAGGGGAAAUGGUGUAAAUGUUGUGAAAAUAGCUCCUGAAACAGCUAUUAAGUUCUGGGCAUAUGAACAGUAUAAGAAGAUACUCACUAAGGAUGAUGGGAAUUUAGGCACCAUUGAAAGAUUUGUAUCUGGUUCUUUGGCAGGAGCAACAGCACAAACUUCCAUUUAUCCCAUGGAGGUUUUAAAGACCAGACUGGCUGUGGGAAAAACGGGGCAAUAUUCUGGAAUGUUUGACUGUGCAAAGAAGAUCUUAAAAAGAGAAGGUGUAAAGGCCUUCUACAAAGGCUAUAUUCCUAAUAUUCUGGGUAUAAUUCCUUAUGCUGGCAUUGACCUUGCUGUUUAUGAGCUCUUAAAGAGUACCUGGCUAGAACACUAUGCAUCAAGCUCUGCAAACCCAGGUGUUUUUGUGUUGUUGGGAUGUGGUACUGUUUCCAGCACAUGUGGGCAGUUAGCCAGUUACCCUCUUGCUCUUAUCAGAACACGCAUGCAGGCUCAAGCCUCAGUGGAAGGAGCUCCGCAGCUAAAUAUGGUCAGUCUCUUUCAAAGAAUUAUUGCUACAGAGGGAAUCAGAGGACUUUAUAGGGGCAUAGCCCCAAAUUUUAUGAAAGUGCUUCCAGCUGUCAGCAUCAGCUAUGUUGUAUAUGAAAAAAUGAAGCAGAAUUUGGGAAUAGCAUGAAUUCAAGGAAAAAGGUGAGAUGCUUCUAUUGUUGGAAACACAAGAACAAAGAAUAUUUCUCAAGCAAUCUGCUCUCACAAUUUGAGACAGAUCUUUGUGGAGAGAUGCUGCAACUUCUACUUUUGCCCUCAAGUGGGAAGAAACUUUCUUAAAUUUUAGUUCACCAUUUCUAAACAGAUAUCUAUAUUGCACUUUAAAAUGUCACGGAGUUUAAAAAAAAAAUAA